GAGGAGGAAGAGGAGGAAGAGGCGGCGGGGCGGAGAGACGCAAACAACUUUCUGCAGGCAGCGACCCGCCGCGCCGGAGCUGAAACCUGAUCCGGGAGGAGCGCGGGGCAGGAGCCGGGAGGCAGGAGGCUCCAAGGAAGGAAGGAGGGAGGGAGAGGAGGAGAAAAGGAGGAGCUCGCCGCCGCCUCCUUCUCCUCCUCCAUCCUCUUCUUCGUCCUCCUGAUGGGCAUCGCGGAGCCGGCGGUGGGCACCGGCGCCUGAGCGGAGGCGAAGAAGUUUCCCGCGGCUCCUCCUGGCCGGCCCUGGGAGCGGAGCAGGCGGAUGGAGGAUGCGCUCUCCCCGGCGGGCUGUCUGAGCAAGAGGCGGCGGCGGAGGAGAAGGCGGCGGAGGAGGAGGAAGCGGCGCGCCCCGCGGAGAGGAGGAGGAUGAAGAAGAAGAAGCAGCAGCAGGAGGAGGAGGAGAAGCCCCCCUUGCAGCUCCAACUGCCGCCCUUCGGCGCCCCCUCGGAGCCCCCCCGGGCCGCCCAUGCCUCCUCGCCCUCUUCGUCUUGCUCCUCGGGCUGCCCCGGGCCGGGGGUGGGCUGUCGGCGGCGGCGCCCUCUCUCCCUGCCCCGGCUGCCCUUCCCGUCCCUCCGCGACUACGGCUUCUGCAUGGCCGCCCUGCUGCUCUUCUGCCUGGGCUCGCUCUUCUACCAGCUCAACGGGGGGGCCCCUCACUUUCUCCUGGACUUGAGGCACUACCUGGGAAAUUCCACUUACUUGGAUGACCACGGGCCACCCCCUCGUAAGGUACUUCCAUUCCCUAGCCAAGUGGUGUACAACAGGGUUGGAAAAUGUGGGAGCCGGACUGUGGUUUUGCUAUUAAGAAUUCUGUCUGAGAAACAUGGAUUCAACUUGGUUACAUCUGACAUUCAUAAUAAAACAAGACUUACCAAGAAUGAACAGAUGGAAUUGAUUAAAAAUAUAAGUACUGCUGAACAGCCAUAUUUAUUCACUAGACACGUACAUUUCCUCAAUUUCUCAAGGUUUGGAGGAGACCAACCAGUGUACAUCAACAUUAUCAGAGAUCCCAUCAACCGGUUUUUAUCCAAUUAUUUUUUUCGCCGUUUUGGAGAUUGGAGAGGGGAGCAGAACCAUAUGAUUCGCACUCCAAGCAUGAGACAAGAAGAGAGAUAUUUAGAUAUUAAUGUAUGUAUUCUUGAGAAUUAUCCUGAAUGUUCCAAUCCCAGAUUAUUUUAUAUUAUUCCAUAUUUCUGUGGACAGCAUCCAAGAUGCAGGGAACCUGGUGAAUGGGCCCUUGAAAGAGCAAAAGUGAAUGUGAAUGAAAAUUUCCUUCUCGUGGGGAUUCUGGAAGAAUUGGAGGAUGUGCUGCUUUUACUAGAAAGAUUUUUACCUCAUUAUUUCAAGGAUGUACUCAGCAUCUACAAAAAUCCAGAACAUAGGAAACUCGGCAAUUUAACUGUGACAGUGAAAAAGACCGUCCCAUCUCCAGAAUCCAUACAGAUCCUGUACCAGCGCAUGAGAUAUGAAUAUGAGUUUUACUACUAUGUCAAAGAGCAGUUUCACUUGCUAAAGCGCAAAUUUGGACUCAGAUCGUCGAACAGUAACUCUUCUCCUAGACCAGAAUUUGUCAUUCCUUCUCCUCUGGAAACGGAAGAGCCAGUAACAGAAGAUGAGGAGCAAGAUGAUGAAAAGUGGUUGGAAGACAUCUAUAAGAGGUGAUGCAAACAUCACUUUCUGUUCUAGCUGCCAGGAUUUUUUUUAAAAAGAAAAUUCUUAAGGAAAAUUGUUCAGGAAGUGAGUUAAUGCACAGCAGCAUUUCAAAAGGAAUUUCUCCCAGAUUGAACUGAUAAGAGUGAGACUGCUUUCCCAAAUGGUUAAUUUGUUUAAAUUUAGUUUUAUUUUCCUUGGCUCCAUAACAUCAUAGUAGUUAAGACAUACAUUUGAAUGUGCCAUCUUUUAUUUCACUUCAAUUAACGUUUUCACUGUAAAAUAUUGCUAUAUGUCUUACAUACCUGCAGAAUAAUAUAGAUCACAGCAUAAGUCCUUUGCAGUUUUCACAGAAUGUGUUUGCCUGCUUUAAUGUUUAUAUUGAAUAUCAUCAUAGCACCCAAAAAUUCACAGCAGGGUAUUGGGAGAUGUGUUGCCAACACCUGAAUAGGGAAUGUGGUUGUGAUAAAAUAAUAAAAGAAAAUUGCCACUACAGCUUGGAUUAUGGCAAAAUCAUGCUACAUUUUUCACAUAGACGCUCUGAGUAAUAUGAGCAUGAUCACCAGUAUAAGAAGGAAAGAAGAGAAAUUAAGAUAAUAGUAUUUGACUUAUCUGGUCAUGUCAACGUGCGAAGACAUUUGAAAUUACUACAUGUGAGAAAGAUUAAAUGUUUACAGAAUCUCGCUGGAGAUAUUCGUGUUAGAUUCUGAGAAAGGAAGAGAAUGUUAACAUUUUAUUUCAAAAAAGGAAAACUACUUUUUGGAAUAUUACUUCGAGGCAGACAACUUUAAAAAGAGAAGCAAGACCAUUCAGAUAUCUUAAAAGGUAAAAGUUGUUCUUUCAUUGAAUGUAUGAGCUGCUUAUAUGAUCAGUUGAGGGAUGAAGAUAAAAGCAUAUCAUGUGUGGUUUGGAGCUCCUGGUGGUGUAAUGGGUUAAACCCUUGUGCUGAUAGGACUGCUGACCAAAAGGUCAGUGGUUCGAAUCUGGAGAGCAGGGUGAGCUCCCGACUGUCAGUUCCAGCUUCUCAUGUGGGGACAUGAAAGAAGCCUCCCACAGGAUGGUAAAACAUACGGCAUCCCCUGGGCAAUGUCCUUGCAGAUGGCCAGUUCUCUCACACCAGAAGCGACUUGCAGUUUCUCAAGUCACUCUUGACAUGAAAAAAAAAUGUUUCAAAUAUUUUGGACUAGUGAAAACUAAAUAUUGCUUAACAAAAUGAGGGACAUAUUCUGUGAUUCAGUGAUUACACAACUUUUUAAAAGAGUUACUAUAGGUGCCAUAAUCUUGCAUCUAACCAAGGUACUCUAGGGAGCGAGCGAGCAGCCAUUAAUACCUUUGUCAUACUCAAAUUAUACAAUAAUACAAUCAACAUAUAUUGUGUGAUGGUGGUAUUAUAUUGCUACUCAUGGGGGAAAGGCUAGAAAUCAGUUGUUUUUAUUUACUUCUUGAGGAUUUAUCAACACAUCCUUGGGAAAUACAUUUUUCAAAGCCUGUGGGCAUCAUUUAUAUUAUAUCUCAUCAUUUAUCAGUUUCUGGAGGUGGCUAUUUUGCUAUGCUACUUGCUUAUGUCUCAGCCAUAGCAGUGGGUGGAUUCUCUUGUCACUUGCAUCCUAACAUUGUGGUUCCAAUGCACUACUUUGGAGGAACACUCUGGGAGCAGGAAAUACAGUCAGCAGUAUUUAACCAAGAUGCUGCAUUGUAUAUUUUAAAUGGUUUCUGUGAAAUUACAUGUAAAGAGUAAUGAUUAGUUUACACACUGUGGAAUUGUUUUAUUUUGGGAAUCAAAAAAAUAUUCAUACUUUGGAUUUCGUUAUUUUUAAAAGUUCAACUUUUAUGUGUUUUUGCAGGAGUCCUGGCUCACUUAACAUGUUCACUUCCUCUCCAGUUUCACUGCUGCUUAAAUCUAUUUUAUCAUCAUUCUAUUUAAUAUUAUUAUUUGGCAUGAAUACUCUACAAUCUUAAAAACAAUAGCUAUCGGGUGAUUUACUUGCUAGGUUUUAAUGCUGUAUAAUAUUCGUAUAAGCAUCUUGGGCUCUACUUCCAGAAAGGUACUUCAUAAAUUUAUUUGGCACAUACAAGUCUGAGAUUCCUAAUACAACAGUUCAUUUAUCUGUCAUGAGCUAGAUGUUAUAAUUUACUUUGAAGAAUUUAGAAGCACAUUUUGAGUUUGUUAAUCUUUUGACUUAUUUAUUGUGACUUUUCAGCACAUUCCAAAUUCUAAGUUGCUCAGGAAAGGCAUGCAUUUAAAUGAUAUUAAUUUUUUAAGAAGAAUGAGAAAAGAAUGUUAUAAAGCCUUCAGUCCAUGACAACCUUUUAGGAAGCAUUGUAUUUGUCCAUAAAUCUCUGUUAAAGAGAAAAAGUGAGUUCUUGUCAUAUUGAAAAUAACAGCGAAUAUAUGUACAUUAGGUUAGUAGUUGUAAAUGAAAGCAACCAUGGUUUGAAUUAAAUAUUCCUUAAGUUAUUCAUUUCUGUCUUAAAAUAUGAAACAUCCAGCUUUUUUAUUUUUAGUUCAUGAACAUUUCACUUUCGAAACUGUGCUAUUCUUCAUAGAACAAGUAAACAUUCAGCUCUUUCUCUCUCUUUCCCUUCCUCUCGGUUUUUUAAAUUCCUGGAUGUAAAACCAAGGAGUUUUCCCUUUGAGUCAUCCUUAGAAAAGAAUGUUUUAUAAAGCAUAGCUUAUUGGCUGAUGGCCAUCCACAAAGCAGGCUAUUUUAAGACAACUAUGUUAUACCUUGAUUUAAUUUGAUCUACAAGGCCCAAAAGAUAAGCUUUAGUGCUGUUGUAGGAUCAUUUUAAUGCAUAGUGGCCAACAGCUUUAACCCUUAUAUUGCUUGUGACUAGUUAACAUAGAUAUGGAAGUGAUAAUAUUUGAUAACCAGUCUCAGUCCUUCUCUUAUCCAGGUCCUCAAGCAUCUAUUUCUUUAAGAUUUUUUUAAAAGGUUCUUUCAACCCGAACACACUUUUUAAAACUGUUAGGUUUUUUUUAAAAAAAGGCUAUGAAUACAAAUAUUAAUAAAUGGUACAUUUUAGUUCAGUUCAGUCUGAGAAUAUACAAUCACACUGCGGUUAUCUGAAAUGCAUGUGCAUCAUUGUGAAACCAUGAAUGUCUUUGUUCCUUUUGAAAGGUACAAUUGGAAUGUUAUAAUUUCUACUAAUAUUUUGAUAACCAUCUGGUCUUUGUGUUCAGUUACAUUCAUUUGAGAAACAUCUAGUCAGGAUCCCACCACUUUUUGAAAAAACAGCAACCGGUGGUUCACUUUUUUCUAGGAGAAUCUACUUUGAAUUGGAGCAUCUAAUUUUGUCUGUUGUCUACCAAAAGUACGUUUGAAUACAAUUAUGUUCCAAGCAAACUAAUAAAGGCCUGUAAUUUGCAAAUA